AUGUACUCACCCCAUCCUCAUCAAUAUCCACACAACCACCUAACACCAACACCAACACCUAAUAAUUCUCCUAGCAGGCCUCGAAAAAGGGGAUUUAGCCGCAACAACAGCCGACGCCCUCCCCUACGGCGGCGCAGGAACAAUCAUAUUCACAGGCCAAUCCCAGCGAAAACUCCAACCAUCCGUGAUGCAGCGAAUACUAUUAAGAAGAUGGGCAUGUCUAUCGACGGCUUCGUUGGGUUUCCGACGGUUAUGGCUGUGCCCUGGGAGCUAACAGAAGAUGGAAAUGAAUCCCAUUUUCAGCAGAACUACCUCGCCUAUUUCCUUUUAAUUCGACUGUUGUUAGAUUGUAUGUCGCCGGCUUCUAGGGUUGUUCUUGUUACGGCGAGUUUGCGGACAGAGGCGUCUGCGCUGAUGUGGAAGGAUGUAGGGUUUGCUGGUGGUGAGACAUAUCAUUGUCUCGACGGAUAUGCACAAUCUAUGCUGGCGAAUAUCCAGUUCGUCAAGUCUCUUGCGAAAAUAGGCAAGGAUCGAUCCAUAUCUGCGUUUUCUGCAAACCCAGGAAAUUCUAAUCUCUCAAUACACACGAAAACCAACAUCCAGACAUACGUCGUAUGGGAGGAGAUAUCCUCCUGGUUGCAACUGCGCAAAGGACCAAUCUCACCACAGAUCAUUAUCACAGCUGGCGAAGACCUUCCAAUCCUAUUGCAACAAGCGCCGAAAUCUCUCGCUCAGGGUAGUGCCACUGUAUUGCGUGGAUUGCUAGACCCAGCCUUGGAAGAAUCAUCUGGCGCCUUUUUAGAUCAUUGCCAAGCCGUCACUUUACCGUAUCUUGACUUUCCGGCGGGCGAGGAAAGUGCAGAGGCGUUAUGGCGCCGUAGCCAAGAGUUGGUCGAGGCGUUUCUUGGCUAA